AUGGUUCUCGACGAAUAUCAAGCAUUAAACAAGCAAAGCAGCGAUUGCACACUGCAUUUUUUGGCUCAAGUCGAAAAGCAACCCACAUUCUCUUCUAUGACCGAGAAGAGUUCGUUUUUACAAUUACUUUUGAAAGAUUUACAAAGCAACAAGGAGACAUGGACCGAAGAGUUAAAAACCAAGGCAUUGUCUGUUAUCAGAAUUCUAGGCAGAGAUCAAGCUGGAUCAGAUCCACUGUUCACCAAAGAGGGAAUCAUGGUGCUUAUUCAACUGGCUGGCCUGUACAAGCCCACCAAAGUCAUUGACACACCCUCCUCCCAAGAAGCACUCAAAUGUAUCUGCAAUAGCAUCUUUUUAAAUGAAUCAGUGAAGCCCUAUUUAGAAGAGGAGCAUGUAGUGGAUUCGUGCUUGUAUGUGCUGCAGUCUGAGGAUCGUUGCCUUGGCUUGGAAACUCAAUUUCUGACAUGCCGUAUUCUUUUCUUUCUGACCGUACAUCGAUCUGAUCUAGUAACAUCACUGAUCAAGUCAAAUGUGGCAGAGGCUAUUACCAGGGUCCUUUCCUCCAAUUUAGCUCUAUUAGAGGAUCCAGCUUUGAGGAUCCAAAGCGACCAAAAUGCACCCAUCAACCCCUGGACGGUGACUAGCGAAGCACUCAAGCUCCUUUUCAAUCUCAUGAUGGUGGAGGCUCGUAGUGAGAAUGCUAUGGACACGAGUCAAGCCUUUAAAGAGUGUCUAGUCCCCAUCCUUCGCUUGAUAUUCCAUGUUCCGUUUGCAGAACCACAACCCUUGGUACCGCCCCAUGCACAGGCAAUCCAUGCCUUGAUGCAAUUUCGAUACACAGCCAUUGCGCAAGUGUGGUCUGAGCAAUCGCAGUGGACCCGGCAACUCUACAGUAAAGACGGCGACAAUGACGAUGAUGCACAUGGAUACAGAUAUAUAGCAAACACUUUGGUGGAUGUGCUAGACAAGAGCAUCCAUGUGCUCAUUCCAAGCGGUGAUCCAGACCAUGAUGGCAGUCAGUCAGUAGAUGCGACUAUUGCACCGCUCCUACUGGUGUUGUUAUGUUUGGCUGAAGGCGAUGAAACAUUCAAGCAAGCCAUGAUCAAGCAGAUGUUACCUAGAGAAAAAGAUCGAUUAAAACCUGUAAAUGAAGGACCUGGUUUGCCUGCAUACUUGAUUAGGCUAAUGACAAGUACGAUGAUGCCUCAGACUCGAGAUGCAGCCUGUGAGGCCUUGUUUGUUUUGUGUGAUAAAGAUGCAAGCAAGUUCACACAACAAGUUGGGUAUGGCAAUGCAGUUGGAUUCCUGGUCAACAAAGGCAUCGCUAUGGAGCCACCUCAAGGCGGCACCGAAGCCGAGGAGGAUGUGAAUCCCAUCACUGGCCAAUAUGUAAAAGAAGAGAAACUACCCGACUUGAAGGAUAUGACAGAUGAAGAGAAAGAAAGAGAGGCCGAGAGAUUGUUUGUGCUAUUCGAACGAUUAAAGAAGACUGGGAUUAUUGACGUUGAAAACCCCAUUGCAAAAGCCAUGCAGGAGAGCCAAGGAAGAUUUGAAGAGAUCGAGAGUGAUUCAGACAGUGAUUAA